ACAUUUAAUUAUCAGCUGACGAGCGGCUGCCAAAAUUUGUGAAAUUCAUAGGGUUAUCGUCGUUUAUGAAAUUUUCCACCCCAAAUAGGCUAUUUUCCUGUUAUGUGUUGAAGUUAUGUGGAAAACUGUGCAGAAUAUUCGAAAUAUAAAUGGUCUUGUAAGUAGAAGUAAUUAUUUGCAAUUGCCUCUAUGCAGACCGAAAUAUAUAUCCACUCUACUGACCGGUAAAAAGUUGAAACAAUUCGAGUUGGAAUACAAAGCGGUUGUUGGUUUAAUAUCCAGAUCUUUGGGAGUUAGUCCCCAGACAGUGCGUCAGUUUCACCUGGGACUGUGUUCCAGUUCUAAACCAAAUCCCAGUCAAAAAGAUGGAGGCAAACCUACUGAACCAACAGGUAACACGAGUGGUGGUGGCUCUGCAGGAAAUGGUCCAAAUGGAAACAAAAACGACAAUGAUGAAAAGGUGAAAUCCGUUCUGACCAAGACUGUAAUGUGGAUGUUUACCAUCUACAUGUUUGUGGCAUUCAUUUCAUUGAUUUUAUCCCCUCGCACAGAGCGUCCGGAGGGGUCCACGCGAUAUGUUUCAUGGAAUGAAUUUGUGCACCACAUGUUGGCUGUUGGUGAGGUGAAAGAAUUAAUCAUACGUCCCGAUAUGGAAAUGGUAACGAUAAUCCUCCACGACGGGGCCAUAGUGAAGGGGCGAAAGGUUUCUUCGACAAUCUUCCACAUGUCAGUCGCAGACGUCUCAAAAUUUGAAGAAAAACUUAGGGAUGUGGAGAAACGACUGGGUAUUUCCGAUGGCGUUCCUGUAACAUAUGAUAGACAAAGUGAUGUCACUGGACGGAUAUUGUUACUCUUGUUAUUUGUAGGCUUACUCAUGGCACUUUCAUCAAGAAUGAAGGGCAUGAAGAGUCCUUUAAGCAUGGAUUCAUUUACGCAAAUGGGACGCGCAAAAUUUACAUUAGUAGAUCCAUUUGAGGGAGGCCGUGGUGUUCUCUUCAAAGAUGUUGCCGGUUUGCAAGAAGCGAAACAAGAAGUUAAAGAAUUUGUGGACUAUCUAAAAGACCCCGAGAAGUAUCAGCAUUUGGGGGCAAAAGUACCAAAAGGAGCUUUGCUACUUGGACCGCCAGGUUGCGGUAAGACAUUGCUAGCCAAGGCUGUAGCAACGGAAGCCCAAGUUCCCUUCCUAAGCAUGAAUGGAUCAGAGUUUAUUGAAAUGAUUGGUGGUUUGGGUGCUGCACGUGUUAGAGACUUAUUCAAAGAGGGACGCAAGAGAUCGCCGUGUAUUAUUUAUAUUGAUGAAAUCGAUGCAAUUGGGAGACAGCGAUCUGGCACGGAAGGUUUUAGUCAAGGCAGCUCCGGAGAAUCUGAACAGACAUUAAAUCAGCUGCUUGUGGAAAUGGAUGGUAUGGCAUCAAAAGAAGGUGUUCUGAUGUUGGCCAGCACAAAUCGUGCUGAUGUUCUUGACAAGGCUCUUUUGCGACCAGGACGGUUUGAUCGACAUAUACUCAUAGAUUUACCAAAUCUCGAAGAAAGAAAACAAAUAUUUGAAAAACAUUUAUCUUCAGUUCAACUUGAAGAAGAGCCAUUGAAGUAUUCACAUCGCCUGGCCCGUUUAACACCCGGGUUCUCGGGUGCUGACAUAGCUAAUGUUUGCAAUGAAGCUGCCCUUCAUGCUGCCCGAAACAGCCAGGAUAAAGUCACAACAAAAAAUUUAGAAUACGCCGUAGAACGUUUAGUAGGGGGCACAGAAAAGCGUUCACAUGCUCUCUCGCCAGUUGAGCGCAAAGUUAUUGCCUAUCACGAAUCUGGGCAUGCUCUUGUCGGCUGGCUACUCCCAAAGAGCGAUGUACUCCUUAAGGUUACUAUUGUACCACGCACUAGUUUGGCUUUGGGUUUUGCCCAAUACACACCCAGCGAGCAACAGUUGUAUUCAAAGGAGGAAUUGUUAGACAAAAUGUGUAUGGCUCUGGGAGGCCGAGCUGCUGAAGACUUGACUUUUGGCCGCAUAACAACGGGUGCCCAGAAUGAUUUGGAAAAAGUCACUAAAAUGGCCUAUGCCCAGGUGAAAAAGUUUGGCAUGAAUGACAAAAUUGGUCCCAUGUAUAUACAAGAUCCGGAAGAAACGGGAACUUAUUACAAACCAUAUUCAAAGGCCCUUGAUGAUGUUGUAGAUAUGGAGGCUAGAUCCAUUAUAGCUAAUGCAUAUCAAAAAACCCAGCAAAUACUGAGAGAAAAUAGUGAUAAAUUGCAAAAGUUGGCCGAAGCAUUACUGGAGAAAGAAACUCUUAAUUACGAUGAAGUUGUGAACUUAAUAGGUCCUCCAGCUUAUGAUUCUACGAACCGUACCAUCGAACCUGUUGAGUUUGAACAAACUCUAAAAAACCUUAGUGAAGAUAAGAAGUAGAUUUUUUGUUAUUGUUAUUUUACUUUUUUAAUAAAAGCAAUUAAAAGAAUGUCAAUAUUAUAGUAA